CAUAAAUGUCGGCCAUAUGUUUGACUUACAUAAACAACAGCACAUGUACAGUACAUGCUGUGAUACUGCGGAUUGAAUGAAAACGUGCAUGGGAUCAGCCAUUGAUAGAUGGGAGAUUAUCAGUUGAUGUCAGCAACUUAUAGCGUCAUUGCCUGAAUUGGACCGGAGUAUAGGGUUAAAGGCCAAUAUAGCCUGGUCAAGAUGCACAGUAGUAUAUACCUGUGUUAAUUAUGUGCAUAUGAAGUCACAGUAGCCCGCUAGUAUCACCAUGGACUGGACAUGAUAUUGCCUGAUUAGAAUUACAAUUUAUUGGGACUACCUGCGACAUUCCCAGACAAUGGAGAUAAUAGCUGGCUGAUCAUCAAUAAUACGGCCUCCUGUAUCAGCUAGAAGAUGGAGGUGGACAGUAACUCCACAACACCGUCCAGUGUACCAACAGAUAUGGGCAAUGUGUCCAUUGACAACCUCUACCCAGCCAUUAUACAAUGCUUUUUCAUUAUCUUGGUGGGUUACAUCGCUGGACGAGUUAGCCUCAUCUCAGCAUCACAAAGCCGAGGAAUCGGCCUGUUUGUAUCAAACUUCUGUCUUCCAGCUCUCUUGUUCAAGAACAUGUGCAUACUUGACUUCAGUGUGGUGAACUGGCUGUUUUUGACAAGCAUCUUGAUAUCAAAGUCCCUGGUAUUUUUCUUGGUGGUGUUUGUGACACUGGUUGCUAAGCGACCCCUGAAUUAUGGCUAUGCAGGAAUGUUUGGGAUUUUCGCCACACAGAGUAAUGAUUUUGCUCUUGGCUACCCUAUCAUUCAGGCCUUGUAUGAGAAAUCCCACCCUGAAUACCUGAAGUACAUCUACCUGAUAGCUCCGAUCUCUGUAGUGUUCCUGAACCCCAUAGGCUUCGUCCUGUUGGAGAUACAGAAACGGCGCACUCAAGUCUCCAAAGACUCACUAGGAAGUUAUUCUUCCCAUGGUCAGGAGAGCGAAUCGCUGCUCGGCAAUAGUGGAUCACUGCAGAAGAAACCAGAGACUACCACUCACACAAGUACAGCAAUGGUAGCCGCGCAUGUGUUCAAGGGGGUCAUCUCAAAUCCAAUUGUCUUUAUGACUGUUAUUGGAAUCAUUGGCAACUUCAUCUUCAAACAUAACCUACCUGCCGUCUUGGAAGGCAUUCUGACUUCAUUAGGUAAUGCCUUUAGUGCUGCUGCAUUGUUCUACCUAGGCCUUAGUCUGGUUGGUAAGGUGUCCGGGACAAUCGGCAUAGGUCUGUUACUACCCCUGCUUCUAAUAGCAGCCAAGGCACUAGUGUUGCCGUUGGUGAUAUGGCAGAUCGUGGGUGCUAUGGAGAGGACAUCCGGGGGAAAAGAUGUAAACCUCAACAGUACAAUAUCUCUGAGCAUGUAUGGAUUUCUAUAUGGCACAUUCCCCACAGCACCGUCCGUGUUUCUGUACGCCAGCCAGUACUCCCUCGCCCAGGACACGGUUGCUACUGGGAUGGUGGCCGGGACGUUUUUCUCGGCUCCGAUGAUGUUCAUGUCUGCCAAGAUGUUGACUGUGGUGGUCAACAGUGAAAUGGAUUACAAGACGUUGCUAUUGGAGACAUCAUUUGACACCAGCAUCAUCAGUGUUGUCUGCUGUAUUUGGGUGCUUGGAAUCCUAAUGUUCAGUAAGCGAUACAAGAAAAUGCCACACCAGUUUCUUGUCUGUCUAGUUUUCUCACAUAUGCUUUCCUGCAUUGGUAUGAUUAUAUACAAUGGACACGACUCUGGCCAGUUGUCAUGGAAACACUACCUUCAGUUUGCCCUAAUCCUGAUUGGCGUGUUCGCGACGCGAUGCUGGACGGCUGUGAUAUCUGUAACGUUGUAUAUGCUUCACUGUCGUAGCCUCUGUUCUGUUUUACGCUUCAAAGGCCUGAUGUAUCUGUUUGCAUUUGGGUUACCUGUAUUCUGUACCGGCUUGCUGUUUAUCUUGGGAUCGCACCACGUCAACAAUGAGAUUGACCCAUCUUUCCACUACGGACCAGAUCAGAGUGCUAUUAAGUUCAUGUCGAUCCUUUCAGUGAUAGUACUAGUGCUGUGUAGCGCGAUCAACAUUGUGUGCCUGAUACUCAAACAGAGGAACAGCCGGGAACGGAACGAGUCUUACCAGACACUCAACUCUGACAGUACUGGAGACAGCACAAAUCUACACAGACAGAAAAAACGUAGGAAAAUUUACAAGCCACCUCAACGGGCGAAAUCACGAUCGAACAACAGUGAUCAUGCAAUGCUGGAAGAUUUACAUCAACAAGUGUUCAGACUGACCAUGGAAGCCUAUCCUGGCAGUCAGUUUAACUCCAGUGGUUCCUUUACUGCCAGUGGCUCAAUGAGCUUGAACGCAGAGUGUGAGAGACAGCAAGCAGAAAACAAACAGAACUGUGAUACAUGUAGUGGAGGAUGUUACCAAGAUAAAGACUUCGAGGAUAUAGUGCCGUUCCCAAGUGAGAGAGACAACUUGUUGUCAUCGGAGAAUUCCUCCGUUAGUGAGGCGUCUUCUGUACAGGAAAAUCUUGAGGAUAAAGUGUGUAAAUACGGCACCUGUAGCCAGGACCAGAGGCGAUCCUGUACCCGAUUGGUCAGAUCUUAUCAUGCAGACACAGCUCUCAUCCAAUCAGAAGAAUCGGGUGUGACGAUAACUUCAAAGUCUCCAUCUAAAUCUAAAAAUGAUUUCCAGAGUGGGAAGUUUAUGAUCCUGUUGAUAUGUAACCAGGUUUCCAUGAUAGUGGGUGUAUUCCUGUGCAUUUGGAGAUUGAUGAAAAACGAUAAAUCUGGAAUUUAUGUUGAGAUUGAGUUCCUGGACGGCGUUUUUAACUACGGUCAGGGUUUCCUCCUGCUGGCAAUAUUUGGAUUUGAUACAAAGUUUAUCUUCCUCCCCUGCAUCAGAAAUUUCUUCCUGAAUAGUAACAUAAAAUGGUUGAAUAUUUUGUGCUUAAGGUGGCGCCGUAUGAUAUACGGAAUAGAGAUUGUCGAGAUACCAGAUCGAGAUGACCUAGACGAGGAAACUCGCCAUUUGUGUGAUCAAUUUCUCCGUUACCACAAGGACAACUGUAUCAAAGACAUCGUCACUGACAAAGUUUACAGGCUACAGGAAUAUAAGGCAGUGUUUACGGGCCAGGAUAUGUGUAAUUGGCUCCUGGAGGUUGGACUGGCUAGGGACCGCAGUGAAGCUGUAACGUAUGCACAAUCCCUCCUCAUUGGUCAGGUUCUUCAACAUGUGUCGAAAGAGCACCACUUUCAUGACAUGCCAUACUUCUACCGAUUUUUAGAAAUAGAUCUUGAUGAAUUUCCUUAAACAGUUAACUUGAUAUAUUAUGGUUUGAAAAUUGGAAUGAUAUUCUACUCAUGAAGAAAUCUUGCCCGGAAUAAAACACGUUAUCUCAAUAUGGAAUUGGAUGUGUGUGCAUGUAAAUUGCUGAUAUGUUGAAAAAAACAGCUGAUGCAAGGUGUAAAGUGACAGAUUUGAACUUUGACAUGCAUACAGGAGCAAAAGAUUGUGUGACUAUCCUUUCUGAAAAGAUUUAAAACUGCACAGUUGUUUCAUGAUAUUCCAAGAAUGAACCAUUCUUCUCCACAAAAUCGCUUGUCCAAUGUCUAUUCCCUUCCAUAAGACCACUCAACACCACUGAGCAAGGUCAAGGUCGCGUGAUAUAACUGUUGAUUGAGUGAUUGGUGCUGGUGAUGUACACUCCAGUCCAAACAAAUAAUCUUGAAAGAGUUUUCAUGUUAAAAUUAAAAUGUGCUCAAAGCAAAUUUCCUGUUUGGUUGAAAGAUUAUUUCAAUAAUUUUUCACUUAUAGAGUGACAAUUCGGACAAACUUGAAGCCGAAAAUCAUUUUGAAAAUACAGUGUAACAUUUAUUCAACUAAUUGCACAGAGGUUAUGAAUGCCCAUGAUGAUUACCAUCAAGGUAAAAGUGUUCCACCACUUUUCUAUUGAACACAGUCUUCAAUAUUAUGAAGUUAUUUACAGUACCAGCUCGAUUAUGUUUCUCCAACCUAUUCAUUUAAAGACAAUGGUAUUAGAGGGCCUUUGUCGAGAGAUGAAACAUUUUGAAAUUGUUUCAAGUAAGAAAUGUCCAUAUAAACACAGUAUCAUGAUUGAUAGCGUAAGUGUCCUUGCUUUGUUUUCAAAACGUCCCAAGAUUGCUACCCGAUAUUCAUACUUUUAUGAAAGGAAAACUAUUGUGAAAACAUUUCUUUAUUAUCUAACUCUGCUGUUACUAUAGCAGGAAAUGGGGAAACAGCACUGAUUUUGUAAAUGUGAUUAUUAGUCUAACAGAUUAGAACUCUUCUGUGUUAGAGACACAUUAUAAAGCAAUUUUAUGUUACACUAUACCUUAAAUGAAUAUAGGCCACAAUCUGUAAGAUUUUUCGAGUAGAGUUUGAUACAAGCUAGUAAUAUAAUUUUAUUUAUUUAUUUUGUCAUGGAGUAUUCACACAUUUGUUUUAUUCCUUAAGUUUACAAAUCUUUAUUUUUUUGUCUCAUUUCAUUUAUCAUGUAAAGUCCUGACAACAAAUGUGAUAUGCUUCUAUAACUACAUUUUACCUUUCAUACAUGUUUAUUUUGUAAACGUGAAGAAUUGUAACUAGUUCUUUACCGUUAAUGUGGUAAAACUAAUUUAUCACAAAUUGAAGGUAAAACAGAGUCAGUAUAAAUAUCUUCAGUGUAAGUGAUAAAUUUGGGAAUACUUAAAUAUAUCAUUUUCCUUGUUGUAUGUCUGUUAAGUCGUUGAUCUCAUAGUGCCCAUAUAAUUAACUGGGCAUAAUUACAUUGUUUGUGUAUAUAUUUAUUAUUGUUAUACAGUAAUUAUUUGUUUGUUUUAGAUUUGUGUAUGACGUCACUGCCACUUCAAAAUAAAAACACAUUUAUUCACAUGACGUUAUGACGUCAGCAUACAUAAAUUAGGUACACAAAGUAACAUGGACAUUUAAAAAAAAACAAAUAUGAAAAAUAAAAUAACUUUCAUAGUAGGGACAUUGUAACAACAACAUAGAUUGGAGCUUUUUCUCUGAAAUUCAUUAAUGAGGCUCUAUCUUAAGAAACUUUACCUGAUUUUCUACGAAAUCGAAUCUAGUUAAACAUAUUUUUACGAGUGAAUAAUCGUUCAGUACUUACACCAUCGUAUAUAAAAUUAUGUUAACUGAAACACAAUUUGAACAACUAGAGAAGAGAUUAAUGAAUUCAAAAACUUCAGAUACACAAAUUAUAUUGCUAUAUUAUAAAUAUUAAUUUCUCACCCAAUACAGCGUUAUUGCAAAAAUGGCUUUCCUCUACUACUAUUGUAUAGUUAAAUUUCACAGAGCAAUAGCCUGAGUUUCCUCUGGCCCUGUCACCAUGUCUGGUGUAGGGGCCCUACACCAGACAUGGUGACAGGGCCAGAGGAAACUCGGGCUAACAGAGCAAAUGCUGCGCAGUUGUCCCAGUUGGAAAUAAUAAGCAGGUUUUGAAUUUCGCGCAAAAAAAGCCUUAAAAACAUUUGCUUAUAUACCGUACAUGUAUUGUAUAUAAAUAUUUGCUGUGUAUUUAUUUUCGUGCUAUAUUUAAUAACUGCGAAAAAGUGAAAUUAAUUCUACCACGAAUUGUAUCUACUACACAAGACAACUUUUACGACGUAAUGUUCAUUAUAUAAACCGUUUUGUUUUCAACAGUUAUACAUUGUCUAUUUUGUGUUUAUGUAUUUGUUUGCUCAUAUGAUGUCAAAUAAAACAAUACUCUUACGUUCAAAUAAAUCGUCUGAGGUGCCACGCAUAUUAUAUUAAUAAAACAAUAUUUGAAUACCAGAGAUUUAGGAUCAAUAGUGUAGUAUAACACCAUGUCCCUUCGUAAGGUCUUGCCAUGCACAUUAUUGAUAUUAAAGACCAGUAUAGUCAUGCUUAAUAUAUAAAGAUCAACCUGUAUAUUACUUGAUUGCCAAGAAGGAUUCAUUUUUAUGUUGUUUUACACCAAGGUGCACUGUGACAAAAGAGUCAUAAUGAUAAAUGAUGUCCUUGAUGAUAGUAGUUAAUAGUAUUUGUAUUAUUUAUUUGUAUUAUUUAUUUACAUUAGGGUAUUUAUUGAUAUAUCAUCUGAUUUUUACAUUAGCUGCCCACUUCUGUUGAUUAUUGAUUUUUACAGUAUUAUAAAUAUACAAUUUCAUGUACAUGCAAUGCUUUCUGCAUAUAUUUAUAUUUUGACUGAAUAUAUUUCACUGAAUAUUAAGAGUUGCUCAAAUUGAAAGAAGGGGUGAAAACAUGCCUUAAAAUCAAAGUACAAUGAUCUUAUGGUUUUUAUGGUAAUUCUAACAGGCGUCGCAAUCGGCAUGCUAUAAUGUUUGGUAAUAAAUCAGCUGAACAAUAGUCCCUUAUCUUAUAGUAUUUCAGCACCUUGCAAAAAUGAGUCAAUUUCCAUUGUAAUUACUACAAAAUUCCUCUUUAAAACACAAUGAGGCAAGUUGCAAUGUUGCUGAAAAAUUAAUGUCUAAAGAACAAUCUUUAAUAUUUGUUUAUAAGAUAUCAUAAUUCAUUCGUGGGAAAUACAUCAUGUUUUGUUAAUCAAGGUCUAAAACGGCAUUUCCAAAAUAAGUCUUUUAAAGGAGGUAAGGUUCGAAAAUAUAAAAUAAGGAAAAUUCUCGUUUUAAUCUAAAAAUCUAAAUUGGUUAAAUGGCACUAAAGAUGACGACACAAAAUUCAACAAAAAUAUGUAAACAUGUAAACAGUCAUUUCGUCUCGUAUGUAAAUAUAUUGAAUGCAUUUUGUUUAUUUUCGGAUACAUGAAGAAAUAAUCACUUUUGGAUUCUGUACAAAACCAGCCACCAUAAUGAAAUAAGCUUAACACCAUUUGUUCAAUAUACAUGUAUAUAUUUUAAAGGUACUAUCACAGUCAUUUCAUAGCUUUCACUCGCGGCUCUAAUUUGAACGAUUUUUAGCGAGUUAUAUAUACAUGCCCUGAUUAAUCAUGUGAAAUGUUGAUGAUUGAAAAGGUUUAUUUUUGAAACAUUGAAUCUGCACAGUACAUACCGACUCAAUAUCUGUCACUACUUGUUGCUGUCCUCAAAAAUUGACUCAAUCUGUCACUACUUGUUGCUAUCCUCAAAAGCUGACUCAAUAUCUGUCACUGCUUGUUGCUAUCCUCAAAAGCUGACUCAAUAUCUGUCACUGCUUGUGUGCUAUCCUCAAAAGCUGACUCAAUAUCUGUCACUGCUUGUGUGCUAUCCUCAAAAGCUGACUUGAUAUCCAACACUGCUUGUUGCCGUCUUCAAAAGAUGGAUAGCUUAUAGAUUGAUGACGGAUCAAUGAGCUGCUUUUUUUCGUUCAUAUAUUAUGAUGAAUUAUUGCAAUUUGCUCACAGAAAUGCUUAAUUAAUGUUUGAAAGCAGAUAGAGUUCUAUCUCAUAUCUUAUAAGUUAUCUUUUUGUUAUGCAUUUUCCUUGUCGAUUUAUGUUUCAAAAGUUAUUGAAAAGCAAUUCUUAUUUAUAAGUUCCACCUAUUUUUGGUUUCAACUCAAACUUGCCUGAAAUGGUUCUGACCAAUGUUUUACAUUUGCAUCCUACAUUUUAUCAGUACCACUAUACUGCUACUGAGAUGUAUACUACAAUAAUACUAGGGUCCGUUAAAGCCUGGUGACCGUUAAGGCCCAUGGGCCUUUUGUUGAAUAUCAAAUUGGAAUUAUUGACGUAUUAUAAACGGUAUAGUCGGCCAUGCUUUGACGGACCAAGUGUUGCUUUUAUUUGCCAACGUCUAUUGUCCAUUGUUUGCUAAACAGGUGCUGGACACAGAGCUAUUGUACUUAUUACUAUACGGAUACCAUUGUUAGGUGUACGACAUCAGUACAUAUCACCUGUACUUACGUUGUAUUCUGUCAAAUAAUAAUGAAAACAAUUUUUAUUAUUAUUAUUAUUUUGCUUUGUUUCAUGUCAUAGAAAAAUAAAAACAUGUUCAAACUA